AUGUGUUACUAUGGCAGCUACUGUGGAGGCCUGGGCUAUGGAUAUGGUGGCCUAGGCUGUGGCUAUGGCUGUGGCUAUGGUGGCUAUGGUGGCUAUGGUGGCUAUGGCUAUGGCUGCUGCCACCCACUGUGCUGUAGAAGAUACUGGUCCUAUGGCUUCUACUGAGGAGUUUCUGCAGCUGCUCAUGCCAUCUUUCUCCACUUCAGAUGUUCUUAAAUAUCUUCAUAAAUUCCAACCUUAAUUUAAACACUCUCAGGAAUAAUUAAUGAAAUAUAACAUGCCCAGCCUGGUCCUCUUCGUUAAACAUAUUGCAUGUAUAUUUGCAUAAAAGCUCUUCAUUGCCAUCAUAAUGCAUUUCAAAUGUGACCAGAUUGUAUCAUUUCCCAUUAUGUGAAUAUAUACAUAUAUGGUAAAAUAAAAUAUUUACUUGAAAACACAUUUCUUUUUUUAGUAAUGUG